AGUGUCGAAUUUUAAAUUAUGGACAUAAAUUUAUACCUACCCCUACUACUAAACAACGCAUGGACAUUACUUUACCGGAUAACCCCUUUAUGAAGCGAUCUCUGGACGACUUAGAACGCCGCUAUAAUUUACUACUAGAUUUUGGCGGAGGCGCUCUUUAUAAAUUAGUUAAUAACAAAAAUAUAGUGAUUACUCUAACGGAUAAAAACCUAGGGCUAGCAGUUAUACCUUAUAACGAAUAUAUUAAGGCAAUAAAAAUGCUGCUUAACCCAAAUGAUUAUGAAAUUGUUGAAUUUACGGAAGAAGAAUGUAUCGAAAUUAUGCAAACGCAUAUCCUUCAUUUAACUAUGACUAUGGAUAACAAGCAUAAUAACUACUUCUUACCAGAAGAAACACAAUUACCAUUCUUCCAUGCCCUUCCUAAAGUUCACAAAAACCCGUUAAAAUGGCGUCCUAUAGUAGGAAUGCAUUCAUCUCCUACUAAACGAAUUUCAGUUUUUCUAGCACAAAUUCUAAAAAACUGGAUGGAGGAAUUAGAAAAAUUAGAUCCAGAAAAUUGGACACCUUUAAGAGAUAACUUCCAAUUAAUUUUUCAACUAAAAAAUCAAAAAAGAUUCAAUAAUAUUAUAACCG